AUGUCUUCAACUGGCAGUGUCACUCCGACUACAUCGACAACGUCAACAGCGCUCACCGAAAGGCAUCUAGUGACGCUGUCCACAGACAUGGUUCUCGCGUGCAACACGCGAUACUGGGACACGCAGUCCUAUCCAUGGACACAUCUGUCCCCCAGCUUCUUAUCUGGACCUACAUUUGCAACAAUACCAGUCAAACUUGACUUGACRGACUUUAUAAACGCCUUCAGCGAAGUCUAUGAUUCGAAUCCUGAYUACCACAUUCUGGUCGUGUCGACCGCAGUGCACAUGAGUGAUAAGCCAGGAGAAGCGCAAGUGUAUGCCAACAUUCACAAUGUCAACUUCACACCUGGUGUUGUACGAUACAGCAUCGGGCUUUGGGACUACCGUGAAGCAGAAAAUGGGAAGUGGAUGUGCGUAUCGUAUAGGAGUUUGCCAGGACCUACWGGAUGA